AUGGAGAAGUGUUAUGCACUUUUUUGGCUUUACAGUAUAGCAUGUGACUCUAUACUACGUCGUUUCAUAUUAGAAACUUUUACACUAUCGAAAUGGUUAGCUGAUUCAGGUCCCAAUGUUAUUUUAAUCAUCGAUGACGAUACGAGCUGGAGUAAUCUAGGGACGAAUUGGCCCAAUACACGUGAUACACCAUUUCUUUAUCACUUAGCCUCGAUAAGUCUUCGUUUAACGUAUUAUCAUAGUGGAGCUUCGGUUUCCAGUGUAAGUCGAGCGACUCUGUUAACUGACCGAUUACCGUUACGAACGGAUGUUUGGCAAAACUUGGCUGCUUCGACUCUUCGAGGAUUGCCGACCAAUGAAACUGUUCUAUCCGAGUAUCCCAAAACCCUGCUUGCGUUCUGA